GCCCGUUCCCCCGACCGGUCGAUUGUCGAAACCGCAUUAGAAUGUGCUCAUGGCACAAUUGCGGGAGUAUUUGCACACUGCAGUACCAACUCCUUUGAUGGACGCCGGAGUAGAGGUUGUCGACCUUCAGGAGUACAUCGCGAAGAUCGACCGUGAGUUCAAGACACAACGCGCCUUGAUCGAUUGCGGUGCAACUCGCAACUACAUGAGUCAGGACUUCAUGGUACGCGCCGGCCUUGGCCCACGCGUCAGGAGGAAGUCCCAUCCGACACACGUGACGUUGGCCGAUGGUCACACGCACAAGUCAAUUGACCGGUGCAUUGACAACGUCCCUGUGUAUUUCGCCCCGCAUGCACUCGAGGCCGUGUCCUUCGACAUUCUGGACACUCAGUUCGACAUGAUUUUGGGCAUGUCAUGGCUGCGAAGUGAGGACCACCCGGUGAACUUCUACCGCCGCACCGUUCACGUUCGUGACCGGGAUGGAAUACUAGUCCCAUGCACGGUGCCUCCUCCUCACCCUUCGAUCAGCUGUCACGUGGUGUCCGCCGCAAGUAUUCGAGGUUUCAUCAUCAAGGAUGACAUUGAGGAGAUGGGGGUGUGUUUUCUCCACGCCCUCCCGCCCCAGGACACCCCAUUGACGAACGCAUCAUCGGACCCACGCAUCACUGAGUUUCUCGCCACUUAUAGUGACGUGUUUGAGGCCCCGCACGGAGUAGUACCGGAUCGGCCCAUCCGCCACGAGAUCAUCCUCGAGGACGGGGCUGUACCUCCGCGUGGUUGCAUCUACCGAAUGAGCGAGGAAGAGUUAAGUGUGCUACGGGCACAACUCGACGACCUUCUGGAGAAAAGCUGGAUUCGACCUAGCUCUUCGCCAUACGGUGCGCCUGUUCUCUUCGUCCGGAAGAAGAACAAGGAUUUGCGGUUGUGCAUCGACUAUCGUAAGCUCAAUGCGCAGACGGUCAAGAACGCCGGCCCUCUCCCACGCAUCGACGAUCUCCUGGAGCGACUGGGCGGCGCCAAGUUCUUCUCCAAGUUGGACCUCAAGUCGGGUUAUCACCAACUUGAGAUUCGCCCGGAGGACCGAUACAAGACCGCGUUUAAAACGCGAUAUGGGCAUUUUGAAUGGCUGGUCAUGCCGUUUGGCCUUACGAAUGCCCCAGCCACAUUCCAGGUGGCUAUGACAUUGGAGUUUCGACACAUGCUGGAUCGUUUCGUACUCAUCUACCUCGACGGCAUCUUGGUGUACAGUCGGAGUUUGGACGAGCAUGUGGAGCACCUGCGCACCGUUCUGGAACGGCUACGACAGGCCAAGUACAAAGCCAACCGCGACAAAUGCGAAUUCGCGCGGCAAGAGCUGGAGUACUUGGGACACUAUGUGACGCCGCAAGGCAUCCGUCCGCUUGCGGACAAGAUCGAGGCCAUCCGCGUAUGGCCCGAGCCCACCAACACCACGGACGUUCGUUCAUUCAUGGGGUUGGCAGGCUAUUACGAGUGUUUCAUCACCGGAUACUCAAGGAUUGCUGCACCUCUGACAAGACUACAAUCGCCAAAGGUGCCAUUCGUAUUCGAUGACGACGCGCGCCAGGCUUUCCAAACACUUAAGACGGCCAUGCUCAUGGCACCCGUCCUUAGCAUCUACGACCCCACUCUGCCUACGAGAGUGACGACUGGCGCUUCUGGUUACGGCAUUGGGGCAGUCUUGGAGCAGCACGACGGCGAGGAUUGGCACCCUGUGGAGUAUUUCAGCCACAAAGUGCCUCCCAUCAAUUCUCGGGAUGAUGCAAGGAAGAAGGAGCUGCUUGCGUUCGUCAUGGCUCUCAAGCGAUGGCGGCACUUCCUUCUUGGGCGUCGUAGGUUCACAUGGGUCACGGACAAUAACCCAUUGACCUACUACAAGACGCAGGACACGGUGAGCAACACGAUUGGACGGUGGAUGUACUUCAUCGACCAGUUUGACUUCACACCGAAACACGUUGACGGCCUCUCCAAUCGUGCAGCAGAUGCACUUUCGCGACGACCUGAUCUUUGCGCUAUGACGCAUCACGCCUUCGCGUUCGACGAGGACCUCCAGCGACACUUCAUCAGGGGCUAUCACUCUGACCUAGAGUUUGCUACGUUGUAUGCGCAGCUAUCUUCGGAUCACCCGCCGGACAUCCACUAUCGCAUUGCCGACGGGUACUUGCUCCUCCACUCGGGAGGCAAGGACUUACUGUGUGUCCCACGCGACCGCCGUCUUCGGACUCGCCUUCUCGGCGAGUAUCAUGAUUCGCGACUCGCCGACCAUUUCGGAGUCAAUCGCACGAUUGCACGGCUUCGACAACAAUUCCGAUGGCCCGACCUCAUUUCCGAUGUCAUGCGGUAUUGCGAUUCUUGCGAAGUUUGCCGACGCAGCAAACCCCGCAACCGCAAUCCCUAUGGCGAGUUACGCCCGAUGCCUAUCCCCCGGUAACCCGGUAUCUCCAUUGCUAUGGAUGUCACCGGUCCGUUUCCUCG